CUGUUUAUUGAAAAAACAGCUUAUUUAAUAAGUUGUUGAAAAACAGCUUCUGUUUGUUGGCUGAAACAGCUAAACUGAUAAGCUGCUCAAGAAGCUAUCUAUUUAGGAUAACUUCUCCUUAAAUUUGUGAAGAAACAUAAGCUAUGCCAAACAGGAUCAUAAUGGAAAAAAUCUUGGAGGCUGCACGUGCAGCACGCAACUUGACCGAUCCAUCGCCGCAUCGCGGACCUCGACCCCGCCCUCACUGAGCUAGGAGCAGACGAGGCUUGAGAACGAGCGACGGAGACCUAGCCGAAGCAGGAGCUCCCCAUGGCGACCGGCAACCUGGCGAGCGUGGUGGUGGCUGUAGACGGCAGCGAGGAGAGCAUGAACGCGCUGCAGUGGGCGCUCGACAACCUCCGCCUGCGCCCCGACGGCGAGCUCGUCGUGCUGCACGUCCAGCCGCCGCCCAACAUCGCCGCGGGACUCAACCCGGCGCCCAUCCCCUUCGGCGGCCCCAGCGGGUUGGAGGUGCCGGCGUUCACGCAGGCCAUCGAGGCGCACCAGCGGCGCAUAACGCAGGCGAUCCUGGAGCACGCCCUGAAGAUUUGUUCCGAUAAGAAUGUGGAGGUGAAGACGGAGGUGGUGGUCGGGGACCCCAAGGAGAAAAUCUGCGAGAUUGCGGCCAACCGCAAGGCCGAUCUGCUCGUCAUGGGCUGCCGUGCCAUUGGGCCGCUAAAGAGGGUGUUCUUGGGCAGUGUGAGCAACUACUGUAUCAACCAUGUGGGCUGCCCUGUUGUUGUGAUCAAGGGGACAUGAUAUUCCAUCAGCCCAGCAUUCUUUGGUGUACUUCCAUUCAAGGUUUUUGAGGCUUCUGCUGUGACAUGUGUAAUCCUGUACGAUAUAUUACUGCACAUUACUAUGCUUUUGUUGGUGCUGCUGAGGGAUGAAAGUUGCUAUGUGGUCCCUUUCGUUAUAAAGGAGGAAGCUUUGUCGGUCGUGUAAUCGUGGUAAUAAGUUGGUCCUGUGGCGGAUUCUUGUGUAUAUUCUUGUAAUCGUUCAAAGACAUGGUUCUGUCUGAAGUCCCAACAGCGCAAAAUUACCAGAGUCUCGGUUUGUUUGUUUGA